CCGGUGCUGUUUACAGAGAGAGGCAGAUUUUCACUCCCGAAUAUCUCAAAAUCUAUCACAUCGGAAUCGUAAGUAGAGAAGAGUAGACGUGUCGCUUCGAACAGUCCAGGAUCCACAUCUUGGCUUUGUGAAAACAUGGAGGCAUCUCGUUGGGAUUGAUUAUAGCUUUCAAUCGUUCAAACUCCUGUUCCAGGGUGUGAAAAUUUUCCCAGCAAGAAGAAGGAGAAGAGGCGAGUAAAAGAGUUGCAGCAGUGUUACCAUCGUCAUCGCGAUAAUGGGGCACAAUGGUUCGUCGUACGGUUUGGUGUCGCUGGUUCUGGUGCUGCUCUGCGGUGGAUGUCCGGUCUACUCGAUGUCCCACGGGCUGAUGCCGCCGGAUAUCAGUUCUCGGGAGGCGGAGCUGUUGAAUAGUAACUUCUUCCAGCGGCUGCGGGAGAUGAUCAUGGAGCGGGCGUACGAGGAUGCGUUCAACGAGGUGCCGAACGAAGGGUCACAGCCAGUGAAGCCAGUCGACACCUCCCACCUGGACAGUCCACCCAAGCCGCGCGUUGUCGAGAACUGGCCCAUGGUGAGCCACGAGUUCGGCCAGGUAACCGCCGUAUCGAUCAACCGCGAAGGUAACCCGGUCAUCUUCCAUCGUGGCCGUCGCGUUUGGAGUGCUGAAAGUUUCAAUGAGACCAACCACUUCCAGCAAAUCUUGGACGGUCCCAUCGAAGACAGCACGAUCCUAACGCUGAGUGCCAAAACCGGCGAGGUGAUCGAUGAAAGUGGCGGUGGGAUCUUCUUCAUGCCCCACGGAAUGACGAUCGAUCGGAAUGGUAACAUGUGGCUAACGGACGUGGCACUGCAUCAGGCUUUCAAAUUUAUGCCCAACCAUGAUUAUCCCAGCAUCACGAUAGGGCGUCGCUUUGAGCCAGGUUCUUCCAGAAAUCACCUGUGCAAGCCAACGGCAACUGCCGUGGCCACAACCGGAGAGAUCUUCAUCGCCGACGGAUACUGCAACAGCCGGAUUCUGAAGUUCAAUGCAGCUGGCCGUUUGAUCCGGACUAUUCCGCAGCCACCGGAGUUCUUGUCGCUACAGGUUCCGCACGGAUUGACACUCCUGGAGCAUUUGGAUUUGAUCUGCAUAGCGGAUCGGGAGAACAUGAGAGUGGUUUGUCCGAAGGCCGGUCUUAAGUCUUCGUUCGGGGAAGGAACUCAGGCUGCAACCAUCCAGGAACCGGAUCUCGGACAUGUGUACGACGUGGCUGCCUACGGAGACCUGGUGUAUGCCGUCAACGGUCCAACAGCAGAUAUGAUCCCCGUUCGAGGCUUCACCAUCGAUCCUCGCUCGGAGACCAUCAUCGAUCACUGGGGAAAAUUUGAAAACCCUCACUCGAUCGCAUUCUGCCCGAACGGAUCCGCGAUGUACGUCACCGAAAUUGGACCAAACAAGGUUUGGAAGUUCGAACUGGUAUAAGGUGGACGAAGAGCUCGAGAGGAUCAACCAACCAUGUGAACCAAUCGCAAAUGUUUAUAGAAAUAAUUACCAACAAUGAGUAUAUCUUAUUCGUAUGAGCUGUCUACGCAAUUGGUAAGUAAUAUUCAUCAAUCUACGGAGUAGAAUUCCAGAACAAAUGAAACGAUGCGAGAUGCAACGGAGCGGAUGGGCAGCAGGAUGGUAACACCAGCAACCAUGGAACAACAUCAAUGAACUGUAACUACAUGAACAUAGAUUCCAGUCGUGUUAUUAUACUUUUUGAGUUAUUUAUAGCAAACAUUUUGGGGGUCAUCUUUAUCUCAUCCGUUGAGUUAAACCUGUUUCCUUAUCUUACUCCUUAUCACCUAGGUUCGGUUUAUGAAACCGAAUAAUUUAUACGCACUUAUUUGGUGUCCUUAGGCGACACGCCAUUGCAUUUUAAGCAAAUUUAUAUCCAGCGUUAGAGAAAUUAUGAGUGUUAGAACAUGUUGCGAUAUAUGAUACGUACAUUACAUAUUUAGUCGAUGUUGCCAGUUAUCUUACUGAUUGUAUUCUCUUCAAGCAGGAAAUAAAA